UUCCAGAGUCUAUAAAUUGCUAAUACUUUUCUAUAAACAGCUCAGUCGUUAAAUAAAUAACAUCUGGUUAUUUGAUGUGAAUAUCAGCUAGAAGAAAGCCGUGAGCUCCAACCGUAGUGUUAAACAUACACACGUAGACCACGACAUUAACUUUUUGGCAAGCCAAUUUUGGACGCAAACCAUCCGUUGCGUCCAUUUCGUUAUCAUAACGGUUGCCGUGGACUUUCCAUGUAGAGAUAUAUAUUUUAAUCUGUGGUUCAAACUUAAAACAAAUUACACCUUGCUCUGAACUUAAAAUGUCUAAACAAAAACACUUUUAGCACAGAACUGGACCGUAAAUUCUUCCUGGAAAAAUAUUAGCUCUUAGGAAUGGACCACCUUUUCAAAAGGCUGAUGAUGCAAAUACAACAGAAAAAAUGAUGUGUAGAUCCACACAAAAUAAAAUGUCCUACUGCGUUCCUACUAGUUUUAGGAAUCCCUUCCUUUUAACAUUUCAAUAUAAAAAAUAAUUUUUUUUUUUUACAUCAGACAAGUAAAAAAUCACCAAUGCGCGACGCACAGUCCAUUGAUUAUUUGUUCACUAUCCAUGUCACAUUGCACCCAAUAAUAAACAUAGGUUGAGUUGCUAUGACAGCCCGAAAAAAUGGGUUCUAUGGUUAUAUUUUCCCUUAUUGAUAAUAAGUGUACAGCGCAAAGUCAUUUUUCGUGUAUUGUUCAAAUAGGCCAAAUACUAUAGACAACGGGCAUUUAUUAAAAGUUGAAACUGCCCAUAUUAUUAAAAUUUUAAAUAUAAUAAUUAUUGGAAAACAUUCGCAAUGGAAAUUGUGGAUUUAAAAAGUAGAAAUUUAAGUUCAAUACCAGAAUCGAUUUUUCAAGACAUUGGAUACGGUGUUCGUUUUUUAUAUUUGAAUAACAACAAUAUACGGACAUUGCCAGACAAACUGUUCACCGGUCUUCCUAAUCUUACAUGGUUAGACUUACGGUGUAACAGGGUUCGUCGAAUACCCGACAGCGUCGAAGGCCAUCCCAAUUUGCAAGUGUUUUUACUGGGAAAAAACAACUUAAAGGAAUUACCUACAGUGCUUGGGUCAAUACGCAAACUUCGGGAAUUACAAUUCGGCGGAAAUCCUCUAGAGUUUCCAAGUAGAGACGUGUUAAGAAAAGGUUCGAAAUACUUAAUUAAAUAUCUACAACGUCAAUGGCUUUGCGAAACGGAUCAAUCCGAAAACGACGAGAACCUUAAAAGAACAAAACCAGCGGCUGAUUCGGUUUCUUCUAUGCCCGUUGAAAAAAAACUACCUGACAGUACGUCGUCAAAAAGGAAUCGACUGAUGGAAAGAUACAGUUGGCCAAUGAUAUUCCUGACUAAUUGGAGCAGCGAUCGUUUAGUAACCGAUCGGGAUAUUAGGAUGAAAGAACUAGAGCGACUUUAUUUGGAAAAACAAAAGGCAAUACUUGAAAAACAAGAAAGGAAUCUCCAGUUAUACAAGAAUAAAGAAACAUUAAGAGCGUGGAGAAAUAAAGCAAAACAGUUACAACGUAUUGAAAGUACUUACAAAUGUAAUAACUAUAAAGGACUUGAAAUGCCUUUUGGAAUCGAUAAAGAUUUUUUCAAAAUGGUAUCUAGGCAAACCUAUAAUAAAGAAAUUAGUGAAAGUCUGAAACCUAAACGAACAACUAUUACUAUGUCUAAACCGUUUGACUUUGAUUUAGAAAUGUCAAAUAUUUAUCAAAUGCUUAUUGAUAUAUCAUCAAAAGAGCCGGGCGAAGAACAUAUAGAUGAGAAAAAUGAGAGCUCUCAAACAACUACUAACGUCGAAAAAGAAAUGCAAAAGCUACACGCCAUACAAAAACGCAUCAUUAAUUUGAAAAGUCAUAUCACCAAAAAAUGACAUUUUUACAAUCAACUAUUGUAAAUAUUAGCGACAUUGAUUCCAAUAUUUUAACUCAAG